GAUUGAAUACAUUCAAAAUUAUUCAGUUAACAAAUGAUUCAAUGUGAAAUUCUCUUUUUAUUGCCCAUUUUGCUUUUGUCGUGAGUGCAAUUUAAUCAAUGCGAUACGAGUAGCAAACAUUAUUCGUCGCUCAGUCAGUAAUGCCGUUGGAAAUUGUAAGCCGCAAAGAAUGGGGUGCAAACCCACCGAAAUUUGUUAAGAAGGUGGGCAAAGCCGUAAAUUUUGUGAUCAUUCAUCAUACUGCCACACCUCAAUGUGACACAACAGAACAAUGCAUUGCAUCAUUGAGCUCCAUUCAAAAGGUCCAUCAGAAUACAAACGGAUGGUCUGACAUUGGUUAUAAUUUCAUCGUCGGUGGAGAUGGAAAAGUGUAUGAAGGUCGCGGUUUCAAUGUAAUCGGCGGUCAUGCUUCUCAAUUUAAUGCAAAAAGCAUUGGAAUCAGUCUCAUUGGCAACUGGAAUGACGCAGUCCCGGGACAGAAUAUGUUGAGAGCAACACAAGAAAUAAUCGAUUUUGCUGUUGAGGAGGGUCAUUUAGCAUCUAAUUAUCAACUACAUGGUCAUCGACAAGUAUCACAAAUUUUAUGCCCAGGCAAUGCAUUAUUCAACGAAAUCAAGGAUUGGCCGCAUUUUCCUGGAAAAUAAAGAAACACACUUUUCAAAUCCUGGCUGAAAAAUUUAUUCAUCCGAUGUUCAAUGUCCAUAUAUGGAUUCUAUCAAUUACUUUUGACGACGAAAAUGGAUGCAUUCACCAACUAAUAAAAAAAAUUCAUUCAAACUGUCAAUCAAUUUAAAAUAAAAAUAUUCAUCAAAUU